GAGGUUUUAAGAGCAGUGUACGACGGCGACUCACCGAUACUAGCUAUUAUGCCGACCGGCUCCGGUAAGAGUCUAUCAUUUAUACUUCCCGCCUCGUACGAGUUUAGCGGGACGACGAUUAUAGUUAUGCCUCUACUAGCUCUACGGUAA